GAAAAAUAUGGCUAUUUCUUUGGAAAAGGAAGAGGCUUUAAGCCUUGUAUAUGACAUUUGUCCACAAAUACAAUUUGGGCAUUUCAUAGCCAAUGCAGCAAUAUUGGAAGCCCUUGAGGGAGAGAGUUCUGUUCAUAUUGUGGACUUAGGUAUGACACUUUGUUUACGACACGGCCACCAAUGGCGGAGGUUGAUGCACGGUCUAGUCAACCGGGCAGGCCAACCACCACGCCGUGUUCGCAUAACUGGCGUUGGAAGUUGUGGUGAGCAUCUCAGAGGCAUCGGUGAUGAGCUAGAGCGGUAUGCACGUACCUUGGAUUUGAACUUUGAAUUUUUGGUAGUGGAAAGCAAUCUGGAAAACCUGCAAGCCAAGGAGUUCGGUGUCCGUGGCAGUGAGGUUCUGGUUAUCAACAGCAUCCUUCAAUUACACUGUGUGGUGAAAGAGAGCCGAGGAGCGUUGAAUUCGGUGCUGCAAACGAUGCAUGAGCUAAACCCGAAGGCUCUUGUUCUGGUUGAGCAGGACUCGAGCCAUAAUGGACCAUUCUUUCUUGGGAGGUUCAUGGAGGCUCUCCACUAUUACGCAGCAAUCUUUGACUCAUUAGAUGCUAUGCUGCCAAGGUAUGACACGAGGCGAGUGAAGAUGGAGCAGUUUUUUUUCGCGGAGGAGAUUAAGAACAUAGUGAGCUGUGAGGGGCCGGCCAGGGUGGAGAGGCACGACAGGUUGGACCAGUGGCGGAGGAGGAUGAGCCGGGCGGGGUUUCAACCGUCACCCAUCAAGAUGCUAUCGCAGGCGAAGCAAUGGUUGGGAGAAAUAAAUUUUUGCGAGGGAUACACGGUGGUGGAAGAGAAGGGUUGCCUGGUUCUUGGCUGGAAAUCAAAGCCCAUUGUUGCAGCUUCUUGUUGGAAAUGCUUCUAAAGCUUUUGAUUUGAUGACUUGAAGAAGAGAAACAGAGUAGGAUUCAGAGAAAAUAAGGUUGUGUUUGGAAUAUAAAUUUGAGUAGAAAUUUAUAAAAAAAAAAAA